AUGCUGACUCGACUUCAGAAAAAGUACGCUGACAAAUCUGUUCGAUUUCUCCUGUUCCCGUGCAAUCAAUUCGCUCAGCAAGAGCCGGGCACCAAUGCAGAGAUCAAGAAGUUUGCCGAGCAAUACGUGGAUCUGGCCAAAUCUGGCCGUGACAGCAAUGUCAUCAUGUUCGCCAAGUCAAACCUGAAUGGCGUGGCCUGCACGUACUCCGGCGAAGAUGCGUGCACCCCAGGAUCGAAGGAGUGCUGUGCGCAGAACGAUGCGGUGUACAAGUACCUCCUCGCCAACACGCCACCGGGAACCAUUUCCUGGAACUUUGACAAGAUUGUGACCGACGUUUCUGGGAAGCCUUAUUCUGGCGAGGUGAUCAUGCAUGGAGGAGAUGUCGAUGCUGCGGUGAGCUCUGCCGUGGACAGCCUGCUCGAGGGGAAAACACCCAACCUGGUGGCCCUGCCUGACACUGCCUUCGCAGCUGGCUGGAUGCAUUCGUGGCAGUGGCCAGCGUUGGUUGCGUCAGGCCUGCUGGCAAGCGCAGGGAUCUACGCAUCCAGGUCCAAAGGACAAGCGGUGGAUGCGGCGGCAGAUGACAGCUCUGGCUACAUUCAAAUUGCAUAA